UUAUCUUUCAUAGAGUAUAGAAUAGACAAGACAAAACUACUCUACCUACUCUACUAGCAUUGCCCGUGGUUGCUUAACCAAUAUAAUCUCGGGGAAUUCUGAUAAAAGCUUAUUACUCCUAAUGUUACAAUUGAAUUGGUGGAUUAUAACCAUCACAAUAUCCCAAAAAACGUGAGUGACAAAAAUCCUAAACAACGGAAGCGCUUCGGCAGCAGGGGACCGGUUGAUUCUUUACCCAAAUUUUCAAUGUGUUCUGGAAAUGGUUUGCAAAGAGGACGUGGUAUCAUGGUUUAAAGAAUUGGAAAGUUAUAAGAGAAUAGAUGCUAUGUGUACAUUGUUAAAUAUGUGCUUGCCAUUUGAACUACGUUUCAUUGGCACAUAUCUCGAAGAGCUCGGGAAGCGCGACUUCCAAGAGUUGCGUGGUGCCGAACUUCGAGCAAACAAUCCUUCAGACUUGGCUGCAGACAUCGGUGGCGCGAACACAGAUCCUCGAACACGACGGAAAAUGGCUUUGUACGUGUCACUGUUACGCUCGUGCAACUUCGCAUGUGCCACUACAUUGUACAAUGCCAUGGUCAGUUUGGAGAAGAGUGGUUUGUUGAAAGGUUUAUAUGGUGAUCUCUUGGAAGAAAUAUUAUUACUAUACACCAUGGCGCUUCAUCAUCCUGCAUUCACAUUUGAUCAGAAGUCACAUUUUGGUGAAAUAUUAGAUAAAUUGAAAGUGGAAGACCAGCGGUGUCAGUUCCAAGAGCAGGCAGAGCAUAUGAAUGUGGCGCCAGUGAGCAGUUGCCACGCACAGCCCACUGUCGCACCCAACAUGUCAGUGCCCCCACCAGCACUCUCCAGCUUAGGGCCGCCACCAAACAUCAUGUAUGUCAAAUCACCAGGGAUACAGCCUCAAAGCUCAGAAGGUGUGCCUCCAGAACUCAGUUCACCACCAGUCCUGAGCGGGGCUGGUGGGGCAGUCCCAAUGCUAGGGGAGGUCACACACCCGCCACCAGGCUUGCCAUUACCACAGUACAACAUGGCAGAGUACAUGGGACAACAUCCAUGGCCUGCCAACAUCAUAGUGUCGCCACUAAGUCAACCUAUUGAGGUUAUAAACUACCCGGUGAACGCUGCGAGCACGGGCUCGGGCUUGGGCACGGGCGGGGCCUCGGGCUUGGGGCCGGCGACGUCGCCGCUGGCCUCGUCGGGCGGCGACUCGCGCGCCGGCUCGCCGCGCCGCCGCCGCCCCAGCCGCGAGCGCUCGCCGCCCGCGCGCCAGCCCGCCAUGCCGCCCCCUCCGCCCGACCAGCAGCUGUCGCAUCUCACGGCUAACUUUGACAAUCUUGCCGUUAAUGAGGUACGACACACAGUGGACGACAGGUUACGCGAAAUAAUGCAGCAACAGUACCGGUCGCUGGAGAAGCUGAACGGCGUGCGGGGACGGGCGGGCGCGUACCUGCCGGCGCGCUCGUCCUCGGACUCGGGCUCGAGCGCCGCGUCCAGCCCGCCCGGCACGCCCGCGCCGCGCCGCGCGCCGCCGCCGCUGCCCUACCUGUACCCGCGGCAGUACGGCUACCCGCCGCCGCCGCCCGCCUACCGCCCGCCGCCGCCGCCCUUCGCCAACGGCGAGCCGCCGCCCUACCCCGCGCCGCAGCCCUACGGCGCGUUCGUGCCCGUGCUGUACGCGCCGCCCAAGCUGUCCUGCUGGAACUGCGGCGCGGCCGGCCACGCGGGCCACGAGUGCAAGGAGCCCAGCAUGGAGGAGAUCACGCGCGCGGGCGGCUACCAGCUCGACUUCGGCGCGCCGCCGGAGCCCGCCGACACAAAAUAG